AUGACCAGGCAAACAAUGGAAGCGAUGAUGGAUAUUGCAGUAGGGAUUUGGGUUUUGUAUAUGGGAUUCUGACUUGGAGGGUGGUUGAAGCUCUACUCCGUGGGCGUGACGCCUGGAGAGAAGCUCGAUAUGCGGCAGUCGAGCAGUCGAGCUUCACCAGCUCAAACGGCGCGGCUCAAAACCUCACUUCUCAGCUACGAUGCUCCUUCACCUGCUACAAGGCUACACAGGUGCAGCUCCAACAGGGCCCGACAAUGAUCACUGCGAAUGCCAUAAAAGCAACCCUCGUCUAG